CUUGGAGAAACAAUCCGUCUUUUCACUCAUCAACAGGCCAAUCGAGCCAAGAUAUCUCCUAUUCCCACUUCAAUCAAGAAAACACCAAAAUGCAUCUCCGCGAUGGCAUGUGGCUGCCCGCCCAAGACUUUCGCACCGAGUAUGCCGAAGAUGUCUAUGAGAUCACUCCCAGCAAGGACCAGCAGGCCCUGAAUCUGCUAUGUCCAGUGAAGCACAUCCGCUCUCGAGGCGAUACCCUCAACCAGCCCACACUUGAUAUCGAUAUCAAAGCAGAGAUGGAUGGAGUUAUCUCCAUCGAGACCACACAUUGGGCCGGUGCUCAACGAAAAGGCCCCAACUUCGAUCUCUUCCCAGCUGGGCAGCCUAAAGUUGAGGGAAAGAUCGUCAAGAGUGAUAAGGGCACAACUAUUCAAUCUGGAGUUCUCUCUGCCACUAUUCAUCCUGACCAACAUAACUUCGACAUCAAAUUCCACAGCUCAGAUGGCAAAAAGCACCUCACGAACCUGGGCAAUCGUAGCACAGGAUUUGCCUACUCCCCGGCCCCUAGCACACCAAUGCAGACCGGCGAUAUGCGCGACUUCAAGCACUACAUGUUCAUGCAAACGACUCUGUCCGUUGGCGAAUCCGUCCACGGUCUUGGCGAGCGCUUUGGAGCAUGGAACAAAGUUGGUCAGAAUGUCAUCCUUUGGAACGCCGAUGGUGGUACUUCAAGCGACCAAGCUUACAAGAACGUUUCUUUCUGGAUGAGCAACCGUGGUUAUGGUGUCUUCGUGGAUAACCCUGGAAAGGUAGAUUUCGAAAUUGGUAGUGAGAGGUGUUGUCGUGUGCAAACAACUGUGGAGGGGCAGAGGUUGAAGAUGUAUAUCAUCUACGGCGACGGGCCCAAGGAUGUUCUCAAGAAAUACACUGUCCUCACUGGAAAAGCCAACAAAGUUCCCAGUUGGAGUUUUGGUCUUUGGCUGACGACUAGCUUUACUACCAACUACGACGAGACUACGGUCAACUCAUUCCUUGAGGGUAUGAAGUCUCGUGGGUCACCUGUUGAUGUCUUCCACUACGACUGCUUCUGGAUGAAGGGCUUCAGAUGGACAGACUUUGUCUUUGACGAGGAGCGUUUCCCGGAUCCCAAGGGCCAGAUAACGCGACUCAAGGAGAGUGGGCUUUGCAAGAAGGUCUGCGUCUGGAUCAACCCAUACAUCGGCCAAGCUGGUGCGGCAUUCAAACACGCUGCUGAGAAAGGCUAUCUCCUCAAGCGCAAGAAUGGAGAUAUUUGGCAGUGGGAUCUCUGGCAAGCUGGCAUGGGUCUUCUGGAUGUGACAAACCCUGAAGCUUGUGCCUGGUAUACCGAGUGCCUAAACGGACUCUUUGACAAGGGCGUCGAUGCCCUCAAGACGGACUUUGGCGAGCGUAUUCCCACUCUUGACGUUCAGUGGCACGAUGCCUCGGUUGACCCACACAAGAUGCACAACUACUACGCCUUCAUGUACAACAAGCUUGUUUACGAGGCUCUCCAGAAGCGAUACGGCGACAACGAGGCUGUUCUUUACGCUCGCGCUGCCUGUGCUGGAACUCAGCGCUUCCCUCUCGUAUGGGGAGGAGAUUGUGAGUCUACACCCGAAGCUCUCGCUGAAUCUGUCCGCGGUGGGUUAUCAAUGGGUCUCAGCGGCUUUACUUUCUGGAGCUGCGACAUUGGUGGCUUCGAAGGUUCUCCACCACCGUGGAUCUACAAGCGAUGGGUCGCGAUGGGCCUUCUGUGCAGUCAUAGUCGUCUGCAUGGCAGCAAUUGCUUCCGAGUUCCAUGGGUUGUCGACAAUGAUGAUGCCACCGAGGAGGGUUGCUCCAGGACUCUAGCCAAGUGGACGGCGCUCAAGACGCGAUUGAUGCCGUAUAUCUUCUCUCAGGCUAUUGAGUCUAUAGAGGGUGGGAUUCCAAUGUCUCUUCGAGCUGUUGCGCUUGAGUUCCCUGAAGAUCCAACCUCUUGGUACCUUGAUCGCCAGUUCAUGGUCGGAUCACAGCUCCUAGCAGCUCCCAUUUAUGAAGAGUCCGGCGAAGUUGAGUUCUACCUCCCUAAGGGAAAAUGGACAUCUUAUUUCACGAACGAAGUCAAGUCUGGUCCUGGAUGGUUCAAGGAGAAGCACGCAUUUGGCACAUUGCCUCUUUACGUGCGCGAGAACACCGUUCUUGUCCUCGGGAGUUCCAAGGAAGUUGGUGCGGAUUAUGACUUUGCGAACAACGUUGAAGUUGCUUUGUAUCAGGCUUCUCCUGGUGCUAAGGCUACUGUGGUGGACGGAGAGGGAAAUGUUGUUGCUGAACUUGUAGUUGCACAAGAUGGUAAGCUCGAGGGUACUGAUAAACUCAAGGGUGAUUAUAAGGUUGCUGAGAAGGGUCGUGACUUGAGGGGAGAUGCCCCAGUCUCAAUCGAGUCUCUGUCAUAGGCACAUAGAUUUCAUGACUCAAGUUACUAUAUAGAGGACUUGAUUAAAUUGUUGCUAUUUGUUCUGAGGUCGAGGCUCUUGACUGUCGAUAUGAUGUCUUUCAUCUCAUGUCUCGUAGUGUUCCCUAGAGCCACAACAGAACUCGGUUCAUGACCAUAGUCUUCACAAUCACAUGUCAAUUUGCAAUGAUUACAAUAUCCGAAGACCGGACAUUUGGACAUUGGUGUUCUGGCGAAAACAUCCUCCGUGUAGCCAGUUACUCGUGCCGUAGUCCCGAGAGGUUGGAACAUGUCAAGCCUGCUCGUCAGCACUAAGCAGCUACCUUGGAAC